AUCGAUUUUGACCGACCAUCGUGCCUUCCACGAGAGUAAAACAGUUUGACCCCACCAGACCGAAUAUCUAACUUGAUCCUUUUGUUUAUCGGUGCUCUUUUCUUGCUGAAGGGACGAAGAACGCCCAAUAUUUUAUCCAGACGACCUCGUGGUCGAGGUCUGGUCACGAAAAUGGAACAUAAUUCCUCAGCUCUUAUCACUGCUCCGGUCUCCGAGCAUGAAGAUUCGGAUCGAAACCAUGGGUCGGAGAAAGAGCCACAGCAUGGACAGCACCCCGUCACGCAGUCCGAUACGGAGUCGACGGGUCGGGACGAAAAUAUGCUUGAACAAGGCCAGAUACCGCAGGUCGAGUGGAAGCCGGGAAAGAAAGAGUAUGCAGUGAUGCUGACUCUCGCCGUCAUCUCGCUGAUGGUUGCGCUGGACGCAACAAUCCUCGUCUCGGUCUUGCCGACAUUAGCGAUCGACCUGGAGGGCAGCGCAACGGAUGCCUUCUGGGCUGGAACGUCAUACCUGCUAUCGUGCGCUGUGUGCCAGCCGUUCAUCGCCGCGCUGUCGGAUAUCUUCGGGCGCAAGGAGAUGCUUUUUGCGUCGGUGAUUCUGUUCUCGCUCGGGACAGUCCUCUGCGCGCCGGUUGCGAAGGACUUCACCGUCUUCUUCGUCGGACGGUCGGUCCAAGGAAUCGGCGGCGGUGGGAUCAUUACGAUGGGGCAGGUUAUCUUUGCUGAUAUUGUCCCGCUGCGACAGCGACCCAAGUAUUUCUCGCUGGUGUUGGCUGCCUGGGCACUGGGCAGUGUGCUUGGGCCGUUGAUCGGGGGGCUGUUUGUGGAACACGUUAUUUGGGCAUGGUGUUUCUACAUCAACUUUCCAUUCUGCGCCAUGGGAAUUGUCCUUGUGCCCCUUUAUGUCAAGCUUACCACCACCAAGACGUCCCUUGCCUCCAAACUCCGCCGCGUCGACUGGGUUGGUGGCUUCUUCUUCAUCGGCGGCUUGACCAGUUUUCUCAUCGGCAUAUCGUGGGCAGGCAUCCAGUUCGAAUGGAAAAGCGUGCAGGCAAUUGCGCCUAUGAUCGUCGGCGUCCUGGCCAUCAUUAUCGCCAUAUUUUGGGAGAUCUAUGGUGCCCGAGAGCCCUUUCUUCGCCCCUCACUGUUCCGCUCAACAUCGGCCCUUGCAACUUACGCCUGUGCUCUGUUUCAAGGUUUUAUUCUCUUCUGUGCGCUCUACUAUGUCCCUUUCUAUUUCAGCGCCAGCAAAUUGGAAAAGCCGACGCAAGCGGGCCUGGAUAUACUUCCGGUCACCUGUUUGCUUCUCCCUGGCAGUAUCAUCACCUCCUUGAUUACAACGCGAACCGGCCGUUACCGCUGGGCAAUCUGGAGCGGAUGGGUCGUCACAGCAAUUGGAUGUGGGUUGCUGGUACUGUUGGAGAACGACACGGAGACACCGGUGUGGGCUGUUAUUCUUGCUAUCUUCGGCAUCGGUCAUGGCAUGCUACUCACCGGUGUCAAUGUCGGCAUUCAGGCUGUGAGCUCCGUUGAAGACGCGGGCCGUGCAGCUGCCAUGUACGCCUUCAUGCGCACGCUCGGCAUGUCCAUUGGUGUCGCCAUCGGAGGAACCGUUUUUCAGAACAUCAUGAUCGACAAGCUCGAUGAGUUGGGGCUCCCCGAGAGCAUCGCACACGAAUCCGAGGCCUAUGUGAAGACAUUGUCUUUGAUGGACCCAACGGAUCCCACCCGAAUCGCCGCCGGACAAGCUUAUCUUUCCGGAUUCCACGGAGUUUUCUGGGCGAUCACGGGCGUGGCCAUUGCUGCAUUCGUAAUCAGCCUGGUCAUCAAACGGCACAGCAUCGACAAGUUGCUCGAGUCCAAAUUCGUACUGGAGGGUGCACAGACACGAAACCAGACACCCGACCAGGCACCCAGCCCACUUGUCGGCCUACCGGGCGAUGGCUCAUCCCCAUCGAUGUCUGACACAGAGAGUACGUGUAAGGAGCAUUCGGAGGACUUGGUAGGGACCCCAAACGACACCCUGAAUGAGCUCGGCAGCAACAAUGACGCGAACGCCGGAGUCGUGAUGGUGGCCUACUACGCGGAGCCUGGUGGCCGACUUAUCCCGGUGGACAUAAUCCCAGGCGGGAAAGUGGAAUGUCCGUUAUCUGAGUUGCGGAUGCCAAUGCUCUCUCAGGGAACAUACGCUACAGACCAUCGUUGUCGCGAAAUACUCCAGAGAGCGGGCACGCUGGAUCGGAUACAAAUAGAUCCAAAAACAGGCCAGGUCCAGCUCAGCCCAGUCCAGCACGAAAUGCAGGAGGCCGUGAUGGCAGGGCUCCGUCUCUGAAAGCGGUUAGAGUUGUAUUCAACAAAGGUAGCGAGUAGUAUUUAAUGCUAAGAUAGACGGUAUAGAUGGAAACUGAGCGAUGUUCCUGCCGAAAGGGCCCGACUCCAUCGAUAA